UGGAAAUGUGUCCGUGUUAUAUUUCACCCCAGCCAAACAUGCACGUUUUAUGUGUUAGUUACCUUAGUUAGUUACCCGUUGAAAACGCUAAAAACGAUUCCAGGGGUGUCACGGUCAAUAAAUAUCUACCCUAGAUAAAUAUCUAUCGUUUUCAAUUAAAAGGAGCCGUUAACACAACAUCUAAAGUUCAUUUAAGUGCGUAUACCUUCUGCAAGUUCUGCCGUGCCAAAGAACGCGCAGGACUGAUUCUCGUGAACUCUUUUGAGGUUUCCCUAUUCCCAUAAAAUGGGUAAAAUAGCAGGCCGGCAGUUCACACUGCGUUAAUAUGCCAGCAACUUUACCAUGCCGAACCUCAACACAGGGUCUCCAAUGGAAGAAACCGAGAAAAGUCAAAAGGGGAUGGUGACGAUAUACUCCGUGAUGGGCUGCCCACACUGUAGACAGGCCAAAUCUCGCCUGCUGGAACUGGGGCUGCCGUUGCGCGAAGUGGACACGAACCAGCACGCCGAGCUGUGGCUUCGAGUGAAGCAGCUCACGGGACGUAGCACCGUGCCUCAGAUAUUCUUCAACAGCGUCCACGUGGGGGGAAACGAUGACCUCCAAACAAUGGCUCCAGAGAAGUUGGAGCACCUGGUGCACCUGGUGAGAGAGGAGCCAAUGCCCCCAGAUGCCCCCCCUCUGCCUGUAGAGGCCCAUCUAGAGGGAGGAGGGAACCAAGAUGGAGAAAAUAAGUGUGAGAGGGAUGAUUUUGCGGACAUGGUGGCAGAGUUCAAGGAGUGCGGGGUGAUUGGCAACCACAGGAAGGGGCUGAAAAUGUACAAAAACAGCUUCACUGGAGUGCAGCUGCUGGAUUGGCUGGAAAGAGAGAAGGGACUGGACAGGAGUAAGGCUCUUGAGACGAGCAAAACUUUGAUGGACAGGAAGUUCUUUAACUCUGUCCCGAGGAAAAGGGAGUUUGAAGAGGGUAACGCACUCUUCAGAUUGGUGGAGCAUGGCCCGCAUUCAGCACUCAACGCAGGACAGAUGGCCGCAUGUGUCCCCCUGCAGGCUGCCGAGCUGUCGGAGAUUCUGAGAAACAUGAUGCUGAGGCUGUACUCCGAUCACCUCUCGGCGGACGGCAAGACGGUGGAUUACAAGGCCAUGUCGCAGAGCCCGUCCUUCGAGCGGUACUGCGAGCUAGCCGUGCAGCUGCAGCGCUUGGACCUGCAGGUCCUGAGCCGGGCCGAGAAGCUCGCCUUCUUCAUCAACAUCUACAACGCCCUGGUCAUCCACGGCAACCUGCGGCUGGGAGCCCCAAAGAACCCCUGGCAGAGGUACCGGUUCUUUAACUACGUCAGCUACCUCAUUGGUGGGGAGGUGUUCACCUUGCAGGACAUUGAGAACGGGGUACUUCGGGGGAAUAAAAAGGGUGUCGCGCAACUCCUCAAACCCUUCUCAAAGAGCGACCCCCGGCUGCAGGUGGCGCUUCCACAGGCUGAGCCCCUCAUUCACUUUGCCUUGAACUGCGGUGCAAAAGGAUGCCCCCCUAUAAAAACAUACACGCCUAAGGACAUCGACAGCCAGCUGCACAUCGCAGCGGAGGCCUUCCUGGAGGAGGAUGACGCCUGCAGGGUUGACGCUGACAAAGGAGAGGUGAAACUCAGCCAGGUCUUUAAGUGGUACCGAGGAGACUUUGGGGACACAGAUGAGAAGGUGCUGAACUGGAUUGUAAACCACAUGAGUGACUCCCCUAAAAAGUCCUGUCUGCAGGCCCUACUAAAGGCUGGCAAAUUCAGAGUCAGCUAUAUGCCGUAUGACUGGUCCCCCAACAGCAAGGACUGAGGCUGCAUUGUUUGGACCUCGUUUACCACCCCUUCAUACACACAGAUGUGUGUGCAAACUGUAGCUUUGUAAUUUAUAAAAUUUUUAACUGAUGUGUAAAAGCACGUAGCGCUAUGCAAACUCAGACCGUACGUGUGCACAACUAGUGGCUGAAAAGUUAUAUCGCAAGUCAGAUAGGUUUCAAUCAAAUAAGGCACCAGGUGUGUGCAUAGCAGUUAUUCAGAUGACAUUACUACUGAUGUUCUGUUAAUUUAAAUAGGCAGCAGCAAACCAACAAUUAAUCAACAAACACAAGGCUAAAUAAUCACACAAUUAUCAAUUUAAAUAAUAAAGUCUCACCAAUCAAUCAGUUAGACUCAAAGAAUAUAAUUUGUUCUAUAAUAUAAUGCAUUAUUUUUUUCCUCUAUGUAAAGUGACCUUGAGUGCUACAUAAAGGCACUGAUAAAUAAAAUGGCUUUAUGAUAAUAACAACAAUAACAACCAUGCUGAGAUAACAUGGUAGGCUUUAUGCAAUGUCCAUAUAAAUUAAUAAGUCAAUGAUGUGUGAAAUGUUCAGUUCAUUGUAUGUAGCCAAGUCAUUGCCGUCAUCACCAUAAUUAUGUCAGUGAAUGCAAUUAAAUAAUCAUUCAAGUCUGACAUAAACGCACAUAGUUCUGGAACGCUGGUGGUCCUGUAGCGGGACAGAUGCGCUGUGUGUUUUGGGCUGAGCAUUCGCUCUGCGGCAUAGCGGACGUCCCAAAGAUGACCCGUGAGUGGCCCAACAUGUACGGCAAAUUAGGGGCCUUAACUGGCCAUGGAACCGCACGUGUGUGCGUGUUUGUAGGAUGACUAUGUGCGGCGUAUGCAAAUUUAGAAAUUAAAAAAAAUGUUUUAUUUGCCACCCAACCCCGGGGCAGCAUAUAUAAAGUCCCACCCAAAUCUGGAAUGUCCAACAGUCAUGCAACCACAGCUGCGUUCUAUGCGUGAACCACCCCGCCAAUUUGGGACACCUGAGACAUCUGCGCUUCGCCUCCAAAAACACCUGCAGUCUAACAGCUACUUCUUUUUGCGGGACAGAACACGGCUAAGCUUGCGUAGAGUGGAGUCAGAGGAAGACCUUUCAUGUGCGGCACUGCCUAACGAGCGCCCGUUCCAGGAAGUGGGUGUCGCUGGAGAGCAAUGAAACGCGGAUCCCCAUCCCACCGAACCCUCCCCCUUCCUGGGGCGAUGCCGUGCAGAGCUACUGGCCACAGUGAGCGCUGGCACGGUCCAGAUCUGAUCCGAGGCUGUGGGCGCAUGCAAAUCUCAGCAAUACCAAAUAUUUCACGCGGAUGAAGGAUUGUGGAUCUGAGCACAUGCUCAACUUUAGAAUGAAAUUUAAGCCAGAUUUAAUAACGAGGCCCCUGGUCUUUACACCGGGAUCAGUGGAGUGCGUGUUCUAGAGCUGGGGUACCCCUGGGUACAGCUGCAGGGGGUUGCUACCCCCCCCCCCCCCCCAACAAGGAACUCCUCUCCACACAACCUUGUGCUGGCCCUUAGCUUUGGCAUAACUCGUUUCAGUGGCUGGCUCUAUGAAUUGGCGAUUUUUUAAAUUGUCUGAGCGCAGAUGCUCUCUUAUUUUUGCGAUUACAACAAAUUUGUGAAUGCAAAUUUCAUUUCAUAGCACAUUGAAAGUUGUUGACGCUGUCAGUAAGUUAUAAGUUGGAAGUCCCUCAGAAUAAUAAAAUGUGCUUGGAAGGAAGAAUGGGAAUAAUAAUUCCCCGGAUAUUGCCUGUUUGUUGUUAUUCCCGGUUUGCGGGAAAUGUCCUAUAUGAGUUUUAUCCAACUGAGGUACUUGUUCUUAGUGCAGCAGUGUACCCCGAGAUGUGAGAUGUAUCUGGGUGAGGUCAGAGAAUUUAUGGACGCUUGUGAUGGAAUGGGGCUGUACUCAGGAAGGCCCAAAAAUGGACAUGAACAUAAAAAUAAAAAGUUCCACGUGCAAAAAAAAAAAACAUAUCAAUGUGAUCGCUAUGUAUGUUAAAUUAACAAUUGUGCUGCAAUUUACGCUCAAAUUUUGUCUUGACUGAGAAAGUGUGCCAGACUGAUUUCAGUUAAUGGGCACAAAAAACUUUUAUAAACGAAAAAGCAGAAUACUGUAUGUCUAUUUGUGUACAUAUGAAAAUGCUUGAAUAGGAUUGUUACUAUAUUAUAUGCUCUGUGAGAGAAUUCAUAACAUUCAUAAUUCAUAACUUAUUUUUAUCGCUGAGUUUAGUUCAGAAAUGGGAGGUUGAAUACAAGCAUGUAAAACAGCAGAUAGCUGUCCGUCUUCUAAAGCCAACUAAAUGUCAUUCACUUCCACACCACUCAUUUUUAGUUAUAGUCCUCAAGGUUCACUACAAAUGGGCAGCAUUUUCAGCUACCAGGAUUUGUCUCCUGUUCUGUCAGUCCAGCUGAAAUGUUCUGUAUUUCUGUAUCAGCCGUCCUGGUCAGCUGCGAGUCAGCAGUUAAAAAUUACUUUUGAGUCGGACCAAACGUAGUGAGUUUGGUGCAGUCCAUCACAUUUUUUUGUUAACUGCAUUGAUUAGGCAAGAGCAGUCUUACAGUAGAGCAGAAUCUAAAAACCUUUUCAUGAAUGCAUGAGUCUAUACGAUGUACUGUGUUAGAGACGGUAGAUAAUGUUUCCCCAAGUGCCACGUGCAGCUUAGGCGUUUGUAGGGAGAGCGGUGGUGUGUGCUGUGGUUCACAUCUAAUCCAGAUGCUAGCUGAACUGAUUAGGGCAGGAAGGCCCGUGGAGAUGUGUAACUGUUUUAAUGGCUACAGCAUUGCACACUCAUGAGUAACUGCUCUGGUAGAUCUGGCUUGUUGCAGUCUACCUGCACUGACAGUGAGAAUAUAAUGCAUUUGUCUCAAAGGCUUACCUGGGGAAAUUUCAGACGGAGAAAGCGGUUUUCGGAUUGCAUGCGAUUCCGAAGAUGCUCCUGUGUGGCCCUCCUGAUCCGGUGGAUGAUGUUGUUUUGGAAGGGGAGGUCCUAUGAUUGUUUUAAAAAACAAAUAAAUUAUUUAAUUCACGUAAAGAUCGUCACAGAGUAACAAGAUGGACAGGGGGAUAUCUUAAUUAUUAAUAAAUUUAUCAAUGGUUAUGGGAGAAACUCCAUAAAACAGUGUACAAUUGUGUGUAAUUGGUGAUCCUUAAAUGAUUCAUUGGGAUUUAUGGUCAGCAAAUGCAAGAUUGUUACUAGUUGUUCAACAACUGUCUUGAUGGGAAGGCUGUAUAGGCAACUUAGGAGACUGUAAAACAGGACUGCUCAACUCCACAGGUCCUGCAGGCCACAGUGUCUGCAGGUACAGUAUUUCACUCCCUACACCACCUGAUUUCUCUAAUGAUCUUACUUCCUGAAUCGAGGAGGUGAAAUAAUUGAUGAUUUGCAAAAUCGGGCGGUGUAGGGCAUGGUUGGAGCAAACCUGCAGACAUUACAGUCUGCAGGACUUUGAUUUGAGUAGCACUGCUGUAAAAAAAAAAAAAUCCCUGCCAAAAACUCCAUAGCUAUCAGUAGGUCCAUUGUAUUCAAGUCAGAUUCCCGGCAUAUCUUGUUAUGAAAAGAGUUUAACUUCACCGGUUCCGUCUUUCUGCGGUUUUCCCAGUGUUUUUUUUUUUAACGAGAUCUGCGUGCACUGUAACAGACAUAACACCCCCGGAUGGCGCGUUGCCAGUCCCGCUCAACAUCUAGAGAAAAAUCCCAAUUAUGGCUGACUCGGCAGUCUUGGGCCGUAACACACGGCCUGUUGCGAGCCAGGCUGCUCAUAGGUUGCGAUGCAUGCGUUAUGGCGGCAUGUAUUUGUUGCAUGUUCUACAGUAAGGGCUCUGGUUCGAACCUGAACCCAAACAAUGACGUUUAUCCUCCUUUUUUUUCCCCCCCCUCAGACAGUGCCUUCAAUUCCUCUGUGACAGAGCGUACCUCAGUAUCCCCCUAACCUAUACAGUAAACCACACAGCUCGGUGUCCUGUACCGCUCUCAUAUAGGGUACAGACCUGGUGUUAAUUCCCUUUUAUUUAUUGCCUCUCCUAGAUGACUUGACCUGGUGCCUUUUUUUAAGCUCUACUUUCUGAUUAAAAUUCAGCAUGAGUAAUUUACUCUGCCAGAACUGCAAUACUGCACCCACUGUUUACCUCAUCCAUCUUUUGACUUUCUGGGGGGGGGGGGGGGGGAGUGGACAUUCAACUCAAAACCUUGUAAAAAAAAUAAUAAUAAUAGUUUUUUCAACUGUAAACAUGCUUUUGCAUGGGUUUAGAAAUAAAAGUAUACAUCUCUACAACUCUUAAGCAAUACUUUGAGAAUUCUCCAAAUGUAAAAUAUGCAAUCUGAAAUAAAUACAGAUGAGUGACAGCAA